UAUCUUGCACCUUGCUGACCUCCUUCGUUCGUACGUUGUCUGGUUCAGUCCUACACCUCACCUUCCCAAUCACCAGCCACCUCGUCGUCGCGCUCUAAGCAGACUUGCUUCCUGCCCAGCCACGCCCCUUGCUUUGUCCCGCCUGGCCUUGGCUGCACCUCGCCCUUUCACUCCGUCACUCACUCCACUUUGCCUGCACACUCGCACACGCACACACCCGCCUCACAGCGCCCUCUCCUGCCUUUUGCCCCUCACCGCAACUGAGAUUCCUCUGAGCUGGUCGAUACUACAACACUCCCUUUCCCGUCUCUGCAAGGGUCAGCCAUUCCUACUCUCACCCCACACCCAUUUCCACCACCACCACCAUGUCCCACUCGCACUCCUCUUCGUCCUCCUCAGGACCCAGCGGCAGCAGCACCGGCCCCGCUCGUACCCCGUACUCCGUCCUCGGCCAGACCUUCCUCAUCGAUUCAGCCUACAGCAUCUCAAAGGAGCUCGGUCAAGGCGCCUAUGGAUGUGUCGCAGCUGCAACCCACAAUGCCACUGGGGAGAGUGUGGCAAUCAAGAAGAUCACAAACGUCUUUAGCAAGCGCAUCUUGACCAAGCGAGCUCUCAGGGAAAUUAAGCUGCUACGGCAUUUCCGCUACCACAAGAACAUCACAUCCCUCUUUGACAUGGACGUCAUCGACCCGCGGCAAUUCAAUGAGGUGUACCUAUACGAGGAGUUGAUGGAGGCAGACCUCCACGCCAUUAUUCGCUCAGGUCAACCCCUAUCAGAUGCCCACUUCCAGAGCUUCAUCUACCAGACGCUAUGCGGACUCAAGUACAUUCACUCGGCCAGUGUGCUACACAGAGAUCUCAAACCCGGAAACCUCCUCGUCAAUGCCGACUGUGAGCUCAAGAUCUGCGACUUUGGCCUGGCACGAGGAUUCGAGACGGACCCUGAAGCAGCUAGCAAGCAAGCAGGAGGAGGAUUCAUGACAGAGUACGUCGCCACACGGUGGUAUCGAGCACCAGAGAUCAUGUUGAGCUUCCAGAACUACACGACAGCCAUUGACGUCUGGUCGGUGGGCUGCAUCCUCGCCGAGCUUCUAGGGGGCAAGCCCAUCUUCAAGGGAAGAGACUAUGUAGACCAGCUGAACCAGAUCCUUCACUACCUCGGUACUCCGUCGGAGGAAACACUACGUCGUGUUGGCUCGCCACGAGCACAAGAGUACAUCCGUUCCCUGCCAUACAAGCAGCGCAUCCCUUUCAGCACCCUGUACCCCAAUGCCAAUCCGCUGGCGCUGGAUCUUCUGGAGAAGAUGCUCGCCUUUGACCCUGCUCUCCGGAUAAGCUGUGAAGAAGCUUUACAGCACCCUUACCUGGCCGUCUGGCACGACCCCAUCGACGAGCCUCUGUGCCCGCGCAAGUUUGACUUUGGAUUCGAGGCAGUAGACGAUACAGAGGGAAUGAAGGCCCUCAUCCUUGAAGAGGUCAGAAGCUUCCGUCAGGAGGUCAGGCAGAGCGCAGCCGCCGCCGCUGCAGCCGACGAGGCAAACGCUGCUGCUGAAGCUGCCGCUACUGCUGCUGCUGCCAACCAAACGUCUUCUUCAUCUGGUAGUGGUGCAAGGAGGCAAGACUCCUUGCCUAUUCCUACGCGCGAGGAGAUUCAGAAGAGUAGCCCGACGACAAUGGAUGACGUUAUGAGCUAUGGAGGAGGAGGAGGAGGAGGAGGAGGCGUAGGUCAUUCACAUCACAACCAGCAGCAGCAGCAGCAGCAGAACGUCUAUCAGCAACCACAAUAUCAGCAGCAAAGCUAUCAGCACCAUCAGCACUCUCAUCAUCAAGGAGGUGGACAACAACAACAGGUCUUGGGAGCAAGUGCAGGUUUGGUCUAUGCUGGUGGAGAUGAAAUGACCGAGGAACCUAACGAGGCGCUGGAGAGGGAAUUGAGCGGACAGUAGAAUUUUCAAGACUUUUUUGUUGAGUAGAGUAGAGUAGAGAGGAGAGGAGAACGAGUAGAUGGAAGCGUAAGAGGCACACAGAAGCGCAACGCAGAAAGAGAAUUCGCCGCUACACCAUGACAGAGGGUAGAUGUCAACUUUGAUAUCAUUUGGGCGAGAAGUGGAUAAGCGAGCGAGCGAGCGAGCCAGUCAGCCAGUCAGCAUCGAAGAGCAAAUAGGCAGAGACAAGAGGGGAGCCGGGGGGGGGGG